GUGUUUUUUUCUUCACUACUCAGCUGCCUUGCCUUUGGGAGAGGCUCUAUAAACGCAGGAGCGUUUCCAACUCCCUGGGCUUUGCAUAUCCAUUCUUCCUGCUCUGGAGUGCCUUCCUAGAGGGACCGUCCCCGGGGAAGGGCAGACCUUCAACCAGGGAGAUGUUAAUCUCUGUGGCUCUGGGCCAGGUACUAUCCCUCCUUAUUUGUGGAAUUGGCUUGACCAGCAAGUACUUGUCAGAAGAUUUCCAUGCCAACACUCCAGUUUUCCAGAGCUUCCUCAAUUAUAUCCUUCUCUUCUUGGUCUACACCACCACCCUCGCCGUCCGACAAGGAGAAGAAAACCUCCUGGCGAUUCUGCGGCGGAGAUGGUGGAAGUACAUGAUCCUGGGCCUCAUCGACCUGGAGGCCAACUACCUGGUGGUGAAGGCCUACCAGUACACCACGCUGACCAGCAUCCAGCUCCUGGACUGCUUCGUGAUCCCGGUGGUGAUCCUGCUGUCCUGGUUCUUCCUGCUGGUCCGGUACAAGGCCGUGCACUUCCUGGGCAUCGUGGUCUGCAUCCUGGGCAUGGGCUGCAUGGUGGGCGCCGACGUGCUGGUGGGGCGACACCAGGGAGCAGGGGAGAACAAGCUGGUGGGGGACCUCCUGGUGCUGGGAGGGGCCACGCUGUACGGCAUCUCUAACGUCUGGGAGGAGUACAUCGUCCGGACGCUCAGCCGCGUGGAGUUCCUGGGCAUGAUCGGGCUCUUCGGUGCCUUCUUCAGUGGAAUUCAACUAGCCAUCAUGGAGCACAAGGAGCUGCUGAAGGUCCCCUGGGACUGGCAGAUAGGGCUGCUGUACGUGGGCUUCAGCGCCUGCAUGUUCGGUCUCUACAGCUUUAUGCCCAUCGUCAUCAAGAAGACCAGCGCCACCGCCGUCAACCUCUCCCUGCUCACGGCGGACCUGUACAGCCUGUUCUGCGGGUUGUUUCUGUUCCACUACAAGUUUUCAGGACUCUAUCUGCUGUCCUUCUUCACCAUCCUCAUCGGGCUGGUGCUGUACUUCUCCACCUCCACCUACAUAGCCCAGGACCCCCGUGUGUACAAGCAGUUCCGGAACCCUGCGGGGCCUGUCGUGGACUUGCCCGCUGCGGCCCAGGUCGAGCCCUCGGUCACCUACACCAGCCUGGGCCAGGAGACCGAAGAGGAGCCCCGCGUGCGCGUGGCCUAGGCCGUGGCCCCGUGCUCGCCAUCAUCUCCGUGUUGUACAUAGAGAAAGGUAUUUACUAGGUGCAGCUCACACAGGUGGCCUGCAAGGUAGCAAGUCCUGGGAGCCUGGAGAGGUGCAUGCUAAGGACCACGGGGGGCCAGGCCCAGUGCGCCUGCCCAGAGCCACUCAGCGGUGUGCACCCUGUCACAGCCCCCGCGUCAGUUACUGUGACAAUGUCCCGAUCAAAAUCCGUGUCCUCGUUAUCAUGACUUGUGUGACUGCUGUGAUGCCGUCUUCAGGAGGGUCUUUUGGACUCCUGGUAGAACAAUUGCCAGGGCCCACGCAGUCCACAGAAGCCCACUGCUCUAUGGAAAUCCACCUCUGAGGGGUCAUACUUUAGUGUUUGCCUAGACAGAGUGACGCGUGCCACAGGAGCGCCACCCUGAGAAGUGUCAUAAUCCUGGGCCCAGUUCCUGGUGGUUUCUCUCACCCUGUCGGAUUGCCUGCCUGCUCAGUAAGUACUUUGUGCUGUGACCCUUGUGGGGAGGGGCAAAUGACCACACAAUUCUCUAUUCUAGGAAUAGACUUAAAACAAGUAUUUUAGCCUUUUUAUAUUUCAGUCGCUGAUUACCCAAGCCAUCGCCUUUCUUUUGGGCCAUGAAAUUCAGCUAAUCAAGUCCCUGUAGUAACAGGAUAAGAACUGUUCCAUUUCUGUGGCUUAGGGGAAACCCCCAAAAUAGGAACAUUUGUGUUUGGGGUUAGAUUUGCUUUCAAACUUUUUCUGCCCCUCCCUAAAUCAUCUCUUCAAAAAUUAUUUUUUAUUUUAUUUUCCUCCUAUUGCCUAGAUUCUCUUAAUCAUAAUAUGCAAAUUAAUCAAGGCACAGAAAAAAAGCCAUACUCCUCUACCUUCUUAAUUAUAGCGCAUGUUUUUGAAAUGUACUGCGUGGAAAUGAUUUUUACUUUGGAGUAGCAUUGGUUACGCCACCUCCUGAGGCCACGGCACUGAGCUGGGCCGUCCUGAUGAUGGCUCAGUUGCCGUGGGAGACGUCACCGUUGGAAAAGCCUGGCAUGGUGGUCACAGCUGACCUGCAUCUUAACAGCAGAGCACACAGGCGCAACGGCCUAGUGGGUGCAGAGAAUACUACAGGGUCCCGAAAGCCCUGCACCACAUGGCUCCAUCCCAGCCUGGCGCCUUUGAGAAACCCCUUCAUUCCAAACACAGGAGACCAAGAACCACAGGCCCCUGUCUCUUGGAACAGACGCGCCAUGUCAGUGCGUGAAGUGUGUUGUAGGUUGGGCCGACUUUAAUGCCACCCACCCCAGGGCACCUCUGGUAACAUGCCAGGGCUUGCAUAGCGUUUAUGUGCCCUUGGGCAAUUCAGAACAAUGCCUCUUAGGCAGGCAAGGAACGCAAAACACUGCUGGAGUCUGUAGAGAAGAGAUAGUGGGGUGGGGCCUGGUGAGGCCUCAAAGUGCAGGCAGAAGCAGCCCACGCUGUUCCCAGCACUCCGUGGCCUUUUUGCAUGACUCCUACACAGGCGGGGGUCCUGUCACAGAAGAUGGCAGAGGAACCAUCCUCUCUGAUAUGCAGAUUUCAUGGUCACUCCUGCCCCUCAGGAGCAGGCUUCAUUUGCUGUGGAGUCCAGGUCAACCUGAAGCUCUAUCAAAUCAAAACAACCUUGCUACCUUUGAACCAAUUAAAUACCUUUCUCUGAAUGUUUUUCUUAAUUCAGAUCUGAAGACCUUUAAAGAUUGUGGUUUUAUUUUUGUGUUUACAUUCCUUUGGUUUGCAUAAUUUGCUUGAUUUAUUUCAUUUGUAGUAUUUAUUUUAAGCCAAAUGUGUUUGUCAUUUUGAUUCAUUUUUAUGAUGCUAAUUUGUAGACACUUAGUAAAGUCUUAUGAGAAGCAAGUGGCUGGAAUAAUUUCUAAGUCCACUCAGUGGACUGGGAAUUUUUUUAAAAAUUCAAAUUUCCAAAGGUUUGCAAUUGACUAAUGGCUAAAGGCUGCCAUUUGAAUUAUUUUCUAGGAUGUUUAGAUUGACUACUAUAUGGAAGCCAAGUGUGAAGUUCAAGGUAAACUCAUUGUAGGCCCUUGUCAUCCGGUGUCCUGGUAGUCAGACCUUCGUGUCACCGGGUCACCUCACCGUGUUGGUUUGUCUCUAUUUAGAGAGGCUGCAGAUGUACUAAGCUGUCCAUGACCAGGAAAGGACAAGAAGAGUAACAAAGGACAAAUUCUUUUUCUGUGUAAAAACAUUGAUCCUUUGGGAAUGGGGAGGGAAAUGGGAAUAGGGCAAUAUUAAUUCUAGCAGUUUUAGUUUCUGAGAUUUCAUAGCCUCAGUAGAAACCAGCAAAAAUUUCAGCUGUUCAGUCCACCACCACUCUUCCUCCACAAGAUGAGACUUCCAAAACCUGUACACAGUCUGAUUACACUCUCCUGAAGCCGUGCCCCCCAAGGAAAGCGGUGGUUCUCAUUUCCUCGUCCAAGUCUUGCACUGGGGACAAGCCGGUCCUGGUCACUCCUUCCCCCAGCUGCACACCCAACACUCACGUCCGGUAGACCAAGCGAGGGAAUGGUUUGCACCACUGUGUCCCAUGAAAAUGUUUCAAUGUUUAGUUUAGAUAUUGCUAACUUGUGCUAUUAACCUGACAAGCGUGUAGUAUUGUUUGUUUUGGUUUAUUUUUUAUUUGUAACCACUUAGUAGUCCCAGCUAGAUACCAGUACAGAUUUUACCCCAUGGGUAGGAUUCUAUUGUUAAGCCACAUAAUAAAGCACACUAAUCCUGACACUGCAAAUGGAAAAAUACAAACCAAAAAAAGGAAAAUUACACCAAUAAGUUGAAGAAGCUGUCCGUUUUUUGAUAUUUGCAUGCUCCCCUCUGGACUGGCUGUGGCAAUGUAAUGCCUGUAUAAUGUUUUCAAAUAAAAAUAAAUGCUUUAUGAAAGCACCGA